AUGAUUCUAACAACUGCACCGACCAAGACCGUCUCUCGGCUGCGCUCGAAGGACCAAUUUAUCGGCGAAGGGUCAACGUUCGUCUACAAACAUGUCAAGAAUAAAACUAAAGACGCCGGCGAUUUUAUGAUGCUGGUUGACGAUUUCAGCGACUACUUCUACGGGAAUGCGAGUCAUGACGUUUUUAGUGGACACAAUCAGACGCUAGAGGUUUUAAACGAUGUCUAUACGAAUUGCACGUUCAACGGGACUUUUAACGUGUCGUGUUUCGGUAGGGUGGAAACAGUUCCGCAGUACAACUAUUGGGCGUUGUUGUUGUUGAUAUUCCCGUUCUUUACGCUGUUCGGAAAUGUUUUGGUUAUCAUGAGUGUCGUGAGAGAGAGGACAUUGCAAACGGUGACGAAUUACUUUAUUGUGAGCUUGGCGGUGGCCGAUCUGUUGGUGGCGGUCGUAGUUAUGCCGUUUGGAGUUUAUUAUUUGUUUUUGAAGUAUUUCUUUGCAGUUUUACAUUUAAACAACUUGAUUAUUGAAAGAGGUCUGGAAUGGGAUCAGCCACAAACCGUAAUAAAUGAUAGCGAAUUACUCUCCCUUUACUAA